AUGGCGCUCUCCUGCAAAGAAAGAGCUCCAACAGAACCCAUCGAACAUGACUGCCUAGAAACAAUUGAAGCCGUCUACUCCAGUCGCCCAGAUCUCAAAGAAGAGCCGUUCGAAGACGCAGACAACUGGUUUUCAGAUGGCAGCAGCUUCGUGAGGCAAAGAGUAAGAAUGGCUGACUAUGCAGUCACCACUACAGAGAAGGGAGGCAAAUCCAAUCCUCUCCUUGUCUUUCUUCCCCCAGAGAAGGGACUGAGGAUUGGGACCAGGGAGGACAAAUCCCCACAGCAGAACCUCAAGGAAGAGGCUGUUAUGAGUGACUCCAGAGCACAGGAAUCCAACGGGGAGGAAAAUCCCCACAGAUUCCAUAGGAAGAGGGGCUCCAAACCCAUUCUGGGGUGCUCUGAGGAGGAAAGACCCACCCUGAGCCAGGAAGGUGGACAUAGCUUCAGCCAGAGCUCAGAGCUGGUUGUCCAUGAGCAGCUUCAUGAUGGAGAGAAGCGCUACAAGUGCUUGCAGUGUGGGAAGAGCUUCAGGCAGAGCAGCACCCUGAUCAGCCACCAGAUGAUCCACACUGGGGAAUGGGCCUACGAGUGUGGGGAGUGUGGGAAGGGCUGCAGCUACAGGUCAGAACUCAUCAGGCACCAACGCAUCCACACUGGGGAGAGGCCCUACGAGUGUCCCCAGUGUCAGAAGAGGUUUCGGAGCAGCUCCAAUCUCCUCCAGCACCAGCAGAUUCACACAGAGCAGAGGCCCUUCCGCUGCCCUGAGUGUGGGAAGGGCUUCAAGCAAAACUCCACCCUCAUCAGGCACCGGCGCAUCCACACUGGGGAGAGGCCCUAUGAGUGCCCAACCUGUGGGAAGAGGUUUCACACCAGCUCCAAUCUCCUCCUGCAUGAGCGGAUUCACACGGAUGAGAGGCCCUUCCGCUGCCCUGAGUGUGGGAAGGGCUUCAAGCACAACUCCCACCUCAUCAGGCACCGGCGCAUCCACACCGGGGAGAGGCCCUACGAGUGUCCACAGUGUGGGAAGAGCUUCACCCAGAGCUUUCACUUGACCAGUCACCAACGGAGGCACCACUAA